UUCAUUUGUCUCCCACUGUAAAUGCAAUUUCUUCCUGGAAACUGAGUCAACUGCGUUUGGUUUGGGCGAGCGGAGCGCCAGUACCGAGUUUCGUUGGUGACGUCUGUCGCCAGUACCCGCCCUAUUCAGUCAUCGCCCUGGCUUUGCUGCAUAGACCGCACAGGAACCUGGACCAAAGGAGGCAGAAUUUCAGUUUCUUAUCCAUUAUCGCUAUGGGAAUUAUACAAUUCUUUCAGAACCAAUCUCUCAUCUCAUACUAUCUGAAGCUAGUCCACCCUCGCCACACAGACUAUAAAAAACUGCCGGUUGAAGGAACACCAGCAGUAGAUUGUUGGUAUUGCUUCAUAGCCAGUAGUGUUUCUAGAAUAUGUGUCCUGCUCAUGCAGGAAUGAUGUACCACCCUGUGCGAUGAGAAGUAGCCAAACAUUUGCUCAGAACUGGAAAAUGUCAGUGCUCUGUGUGUCUGUGGCGCUACUGUACAGUGUGGUUGGUGAGGCCUCUAGCCAGCCUCUGACACCCAGCCCUGGCACUGAGAUAGUGGCCCUGUCUGCCCGCCACUACUACCACACAGACCAAAGCACGGGCAGUCAACUGGUUUGUGACAAGUGCCCCGCAGGAACCUUCGUGUCCAGGCACUGCAACCAGACCAACGUGAGGGAGUGCAGCCGCUGUGGCGAGGGCACAUUCACGCGCGGAGAGAACGGGGUUCAGCAAUGCCACCGCUGCAGGAGGCCCUGCAGCGCCCCCCUCGUUGAGAAGUUCCCCUGCACGGCCACCUUGGACCGGGUCUGCACCUGCCCCCCGGACACCUUCGCCAAGGGGGACACCUGUACUCCCCACUUCCUGUGCCCUGUGGGCUCAGGGGUGAAGAAAAGGGGCAGCGAGGUGGAGGAUGUGAGCUGUAAGGUGUGCGCGCGAGGGAGCUUCUCGGACGUGGUUUCCAGUGUAUUGAGGUGCAGGACACACACAGACUGUCUGGCCCAGGGUCUGCCCCUACUGGCAGCAGGCACCAGAGAGACAGACAACAUCUGUGGAUCUGCUUCUCCCACCUCCCCCACCCUCCUGGGACCUGCACAGUCUGCCUUCAUCCAGGAGCCCUCCUCUUCCUCAGCUGGCCCAGUACACAAAGAUGCCUUCAGCCUGACAGCAGGUUCUGAGGUCUUAGAGCUCUUACUGAGUACCACGGGGACUCUACCCAGCUCCAGCAACAGCCAGGACUCCACCCCAUCAGGCUCCUAUGAGGCCAGCCCCGAAGAUGAUGUAGAGGUGCUGAACCUGGCCGCUACGGCCGGAGCCCAGGACCCCACACAGACUGAGCACCGCCGCACCCACCCGGCAGCCAACAAGCGGGCCAUGGACGGCGUAGAGGACGGAUCGGAGGUAGGGGUAGGUCAGGGUGUGCAAAGAUCAGGGUACAGGCCCACACGAAGGGGCUCCCCCAGGCCCAGCACUCAUACACACUUUGACAUCAACGAGCACUUGCCCUGGAUGAUCGUGCUGCUGCUGCUGCUGGUGCUGGUGGUGAUCGUGGUGUGCAGCGUGAAGAGGAGCUCCAGAGUGCUGAAGAAGGGACCAGUUCAGGACCCCAGCAGCAUCAUUGAGAAAGCAAUCCAGAAGAAGACCUGCCCCCCGACACAGACCAAGGAGAAGUGGAUCUACUACUCCAAUGGACAGGGUGUGGACAUCCUGAAGUUGGUGGCAGCUCAGAUUGGCAGCCAGUGGAUCGACAUGUACCAGUCCCUGGCCAAUGCCACAGAGCGCGAGGUGGCAGCCUUCUCCAAUGGCUACCAGUCGGACCACGACCGGGCAUACGCUGCCCUGCAACACUGGACCAUCCGCGACGGGGACGCUAACCUGGCCAAGCUCAUCAACGCCCUGCACCGCCACCACCGCAUCGACGUGGUGGAGAAGAUACGGGGCGUCAUGGAAGACAAUCCUCAGUUUGAUCUGAACCAGCUGAUGACCGCUGUGAAUGUAACCCCGAGCCACAGUCCUGUCCACAAGCCUUUGGAUUCUCCUAGGGUGCUGGUGGAGCAGUCUCCUGUGCACCGGACCAAGGGUUUCUUCCCUGAUGAAUCAGAGCCCCUUCUCCGCUGUGACUCCACCUCCAGCAAAGACUCCGCCCUCAGCAGGACCGGCUCGUUCAUUACCAAAGAGAAGAAAGACACGGUGCUACGUCAGGUCCGGCUGGACCGGUGCGACCUGCAACCCAUCUUCGACGACAUGCUGCACAUCCUAAACCCUGACGAGCUGCACGUCAUCGAGGAGAUCCCCAUGGCCGAGGACAAACUGGACCGCCUCUUUGAGAUUGCCGGGGUCAAGAGCCAGGAGGCCAGCCAGACCCUGCUAGACUCGGUCUACAGCCACUUGCCUGACCUCCUAUAGACUGCUGCUGUGGUGCUAUAGACCUCUACUGUGGUCAGGGGACACCCCACUUCCUUCUACUGCAAACCCUUCCUUCCCGGGUGUGGCUACCUGGGUGUGGCUUCCUCUCUUGCCUCACACUCCCCCACCCCCCCCAAGUAGUGAGAGACUACUUGAUUCUGGCUACAGUUACCUACUUGCCUUCGAGACCUCCGAUGGGUUCCCCUUGGCUAUCCUCCAUUCCUAGUAGCCUGACUGAGUCCCCCACUCCUACAAUAAUCAGGGAGCCUCCCUCCCCUCUCUGGAAGUCUCCUUCCAUCACUCCCCCCAUGUUGAGGGAAGGGAACCAGGCUGUCCCCAUCUCUCACCAGGUGGCAAGCCUGCCUGCCUGGAGGAAGGGCAGGACAGAGGGGCCAGGCUCUGUACCCCAGCCUGGAGUUCUGGACAGAGAGACGGCUCGAUACCACCACCACCAUCACCACUAUGCUCAUUAAACCACUGCUAUUGCACUCGUGUCAAUGUAACGUUAAAACAGUGUUCUCUUGACAUUUUGGAGCUUAUUGUGGGUGUAUCAGCCAGUGCUAUAAACCAAUAUUCACUCAUUCAUGCAAGCAAACUUCAACAACACACACUCAUGCACAAUGUCUAACAAUGUAAAACAUACUAUGACGCACACUCAUGGUGCGCAAUGUCUAACACUAAUAGUAUGUAAUAUGAUUGAUGCACUAAUUCUUGUUCUUUGAGUAACAUAACCAUUUAAUUGGUAUGCAUUCUGCCACAUGUGCUUCAAUGUCUCUUUGAAAUGCUGUUUACUAACAUUUCACAAUGUAUUAUCAUUUUUAGAUUUUAGAUUUCUUAGCAACUAUGUUUGUCAUGAAUAUACGAGCAUUCUGAUGUUUCCCAGCUUUGUGUAAUGAGACCAUCUUACUGGAUGUAAGACAUGCAUAGUUAUUCUACUUGAAUCUGACUCUCACCUGGAUUGUGGUACUUGAUUAAAACAGAAGAUAAUGUACUAUAGUUCCUUCCAGAUCUUAAAAAAGCACCACCAAAAAACAUGUUGCUGUAAAAGGGUCAGUAUUCAACUCACAAAUGCUACGAAAGGAACACAGACUGUCUUUUUGCCAAGCCAGUCAUAUCAAGCUACUCUGGUGCUAGACUUGAAAUUAUCUGGUUGUGCAUAAUACUAGGAUGAUAUUGGGGGGGCUUGCUGGACAAUGGCUACUGAAGUAUUCUGGACAUUGCGGAGUGUAAAGAAGAUGCAGCUGCUGUGGACUUUGCUGGACUGAAUUGAAAAGUGCUGUUUGAGCUAUCCACUUCUCUGUUGAGUCAAAUGUAAGAGUGCGACUGUUAGCGUAUAGUACGAGUCUGAAACGUUGAAGCUGAGGUUUGAAUACAUGUACUCUGGUGGCUGUUUUAAAACUUAACACGUGUAACCAGUAUGUUUACUAUUAUGUCACCUCUUAAAUCAAACCAAUUAAAGUUCCAGAAUUUGUCAUAAA